AUGAAAAGUGUGGAAUCUUUGAAGUCAACUCAAUCGAUAGUUUCUGUUGAUGAAGUUCAGCUAAAUUCUGCCAUAGCUGGGCGUAACAGAAAGAUCCUUGUUGACCAUCCCGUCGAUAAUGAUGAAGCCGUAAUCUUGGCAUUGGGAUACAAAGCAGAGUUCAAAAGAGAAUUCUCACUUUGGACCAUUUUUGGCGUUGCAUUUUCCGUUUUAGGUUUGUUGCCUUCAAUUGCUUCCACUUUAUUCUAUUCUCUUGCCUACGCAGGAAACGCGGGCAUAACCUGGGGCUUUGCUGUUGGUAUCAUCUGCAUCAUUCCAGUGGCUUUGAAUAUGGCGGAGAUUGCAAGUGCUUUUCCAACUUCUGGAGGUUUGUAUUAUGCUACCGCAAUGUUAUCUCCCCCAAAAUAUAAGGCCUUAUUUUCUUGGAUUGUUGGUUGGUCUAACUAUUUCUAUCAGGUUACUGGAGCUCCAUCUGUUGGAUAUGGAUGUGCUUCCAUGGUGCUUGCCCUUGCCUCGGUGGCCAAUCCAAAUUACGUCUACCAAACAUGGCAUUGCUACUUACUUACAGUAGCAAUAACUACAGUAUGUGCCGUUCUGGCGUCUUUACCCACUAAAUGGAUUGCCGGUAUCAAUGCAGUCACAUCUGUGUUGAAUAUUGUUUUUCUUUUCAUUUCUUGGGUAUUUAUGCUUGGUGGAAAUAACAGAGUUGACCAAGGUCUCCCAAAAUUUAAUUCUGAUUCAUUUGCAUGGUCUUUAGAUAACUUGACUGAUUGGCCAGAUGGAAUUGCUAUUCUCUUAUCUUUUAUGGCCGUACUAUGGACGAUGUGUGGUUUUGAUUCACCAUUUCAUAUCACCGAAGAGUGUUCAAAUGCUCAAGUUGCAACACCAAAGGCUAUCGUCAUGACAGCUACUAUUGGUGGUCUUCUAGGCUUUGUAUUCCAGCUUGGUAUUGCAUACACUAUAGUCGAUAUAGAUUCUGCUGUUAACGAUGAACUAGGACAGCCAUAUAUUUCUUAUCUUAACCAGAUAAUGACUAGGCCACGUGUACUAGCAAUAGGUUCCUUUGCCGCAAUUCUUGCUUUCACCAUGACAUUUUCUUGUAUGAUUGCAGCUUCUAGAGUGCUUUUUUCUUAUUCAAGAGAUCAAUGUUUUCCUCUUUCCAGAUACUGGUGCCAUGUGAAUAAAUACACGAAAACUCCGGUCAAUGCUGUUUGGGCUAAUUGGUUCAUCGGUAUUCUUCUACUUCUUCUAAUGUUCGGUAAUGUUGCGAUUGAUGCGAUCUUCAGUGUUGGUUCUAUCGCUCCCUUUGUUUCAUUUAGCAUUCCAACUCUCCUCAGAAUAACAUACGCCAGAAAAUUUUUCAAGCCAGGACCUUGGAAUUUAGGUAAGUUUACCUAUAUAUCCGGUUUCAUUGGUUGCGCGUUUGUCUUUCUUAUGAUUCCGAUAUCUGCAUUCCCUCAGUAUAGAGGAUCUGACAAUACUCUAGAUUUGAUGAAUUGGACAUGUGUCGUAUAUUACGGAUCUAUGAUGUUAGUAAUAGCAUGGUACUUUAUUUACGCUCAUAAGGUUUACAAAGGUCCAAGAAGUAACCUCGGCCUUGAUACGUUUUCAGAAGAAAAGGAUUCAGCAUUUGAUGUUGUUGCUCCUACUUCUGAUAUGAAGAAGGAUAUGUAA